UUUAGGAGGUUUCCCACUCUGUACUGCCCACACUGCUAUGCUAUUUGGCUUUUGGGGUGGGACUCUUUAAACUUCACCAAAGUUUCCCUUCUUCUUUCUUUUGUUUAGGUUUCUUUGUGGUGGGCGGCUAGGGUUUUGACUCUUCACUCUAUAUAUUAUAAAAAAAUUAAAAUUUUUUUUUUCUUUCACCAUUUAGUAUUUAUAAUCUUAUAUAGAAACUUCUAGGGUUUUUAACAAAUAUAUACCUAUAUAUACACACGUAUCCUAGACUCUUUGGACUCUGUUUCCUUUGAAGCUUCAAUCUUGAAGAAUUUCUUACCUUUUUUAUUUUUAUUUUUUAUUUUCCCCCCCUAAAAGCUCGAUUUUUUCCCCAAAUAUUCGUCUAGAUUUCCUUGAUUAUACUGUGAUAAUUUGUUUGAUCAUUGAUUCGGGGGUUUUGGAUCGCCUAUUUUGAUCUCAAUACCAAUUCUAAAAUUCUUGAUAAAGCUCUGAACUUGGAUUGCUUUUCCGAGAGUUGGUGUGGAAAAAAGUUUAUUUAUUUAUUUAUUUAUUUUUUCUAACCUUAGAUUGAUUGGUUGGAAAGAAAUUUUGAGAAAAUUAAACUGGGUUUCAGAGUCUCAAAGAUAUGAGUUUUCCUGAUCCUCGACCUCCUUUUAUGAGGCCAUAUGGUAUGGGAAGCGAUGCCAUUGGUUGCUGGCCUCAAUUCCCAAUGAACAAUGAAGAUCAAUACUCUCAGUUGGAACAACAUCAAGGUCCUUCAUUCAAGAGAGCCAAAACAUCUUCUGAAGAAACCCAAUCAACUUCUAUGUUUUACCCAUCAUCAUCUGAUUCCAUUGCUUGCUGGCCCCAAUUUCCUAUCAACAAUGAAGACCAACAACAUUCUCAAUUUGAUCAUCAGCAGCAGAAGAAACCCAGAAUUUCUGAAGAGGGUAUUCAAUCUAAUUCUUUGCCUUUCACACCACCACCUAUGAACACUAGGAUGAUCCCACCAAAUGCUCCAGUCAACAAGGGAACGAGUAACAUCUUCUUCAAGACCCGUUUGUGUGCCAAAUUCAAAGUGGGUUCGUGCAGGAAUGGUGAAAACUGCAACUUUGCACAUGGCAUUGAGGAUAUGAGACAACCUCCUCCCAAUUGGCAAGAACUUGUUGGGACACGCUUUGGCGACGAAGAUCGAUCAUCAUCAGGUAAUAAUAACUGGGAUGAUGACCAGAAGAUAAUCCAUAGGAUGAAGCUUUGCAAGAAGUUUUAUAAUGGGGAGGAAUGUCCUUAUGGGGAUAGGUGUAAUUUUCUUCAUGAAGAUCCAUCAAAGUUCAGGGAUGAGAUGGGUAGGUUCAGAGAGAGCGCAGCUAUUAGCAUUGGAACCACAGGACCACCAGUAGUGAAUGGAACAACCAGCGUUAUUCAUUCUGAAGAUAACAGGCCUGUAAACAUCAAGCCUGCAUCUUGGAAGACGAAGAUAUGUAACAAGUGGGAGAUCACGGGACAAUGCCCCUUCGGUGAGAAGUGUCACUUUGCCCAUGGGCAAGCAGAGUUGCAAUUGCACGUUGUACGAAUUGAAGCAGAAGCACUGAAUAGUGGCUCGUUUCCAACGAAACCUCAAGUCGUUGCUGCAAAUGAUUUGUCUCCAAGUGUAAAUACUAAUGUGGCUAGUUUUGAUGGAGAAGGGAAGAGCAAGAAGUGCUUACUAAAGUGGAAAGGACCCAAGAAUAUCAAUCGCAUCUAUGCAGAUUGGCUCGAUGAUCUGCCAUUAGGAAACAACUUACCAAGCAAAGUGGAGGGCUGAGUUUUGAGUUGAAGCUUUGAAAGAGAGUGUAUGCUGCCGUAUGAAAAAUCUGCGUCCGGCAAUGUUUUGUUUAUGUUAUUGGGUCUUUUUGAUUGUUGUGAACGGGGUUCGAUAUGUUUGUGUUUCAUCUUGUUAUUAUUAUAUUUUUAAUUUUUCCAUUAUAUUUUUGCUCACAUGUUUCAUUAUAGAUAUGUGAGAUAUAUCUUUUUGUGAAUUGGAACUCUGAUAUUGUUUUUACAACAUUGAAUAAGAAUCGUUGAUGGCAAA